GCCCUUUCAUGCUCUGCAGUGGCUCGGACUCAUGUUCCUUGCCGUGAACCCCCAUCAAUCCCAGCCGCUAAUCUCUCAUACAGCGAAUCACCAGAGUGGUGUGGGGCCCGCUCAAUCUAACCAAUCCGCCAGUCCGCGAUAUAUAGAUAACCCGCGUCAUUUAUUAUUCUGUGCAUCGCAUCGCACGGACUUGAUUUGAUUUUCCCGAUUGAUCCAAUUCCGCCGGGAAAUGACGACCUACGGCACAAUCCCGACGUCCUCCGCUGGCGGUGCCACCGUGGAGUACAUCUCCCGCGCGAAGGACACGAUAAAGGAGGGGCUAGCCACGCGGCGGCCAUGGCGGGAGAUGUUCGACAUUCACUCCGUCCGCCUCCCCUCCAACUUCCACGACGCGGUGGCUCGAUUCAAAAUCAACAUCAGCUACUUCCGGAUGAACUACGCCCUCGUCGUCCUCCUGAUUCUCUUCCUCAGCCUCCUAUGGCAUCCGAUCUCGCUCAUCGUUUUCAUCGCCCUAAUGGCUGCGUGGCUAUUCCUCUACUUCCUCCGCGACGAGCCUUUAGUGAUCUUCCACCGCGAGAUUACCGAUCGUGUGGUGCUGAUUGUUAUGUCCGUACUCACGAUAUUUCUGCUCUUCUUUACCAACGCCACCUGGAAUAUUGUCGUAUCUCUGAUAAUCGGAGCACUGGUCGUUGUUGCUCAUGGCGCUCUCAGGAAGACCGACGAUUUGUACUUGGAUGAGGAAUCCGGCGGUCUAUUGGCCAGCCAUCCUCCGGCUGCUCCAUUGGCUUAAUGUACUGUAUGUGUUUAUGUAUUUUUGUUGCGCAAUUAUUUGCUUGUUAUUUUUAAAUUGUUAUCAUAUUUAUGGCUUUUGUUGUAAAUGUAGAUCUGUUGCUUUAGUUUUUGGAAGAAAAAAUAAGCUCUAAAAACUAAAAUCAUCUUCAUCUUCUUAAAGCUCCAUUUCGGUUUCUAUAUAUUUUCACAGAAGGGAAUGUUAUGAAGUUAUUGGCUGAAUGCUUAAAUCAAAACAUGGAUACUUCAACAAUAGAAGCAGAGGGCAUAAGAUGCUCUCUUAGUGUGGUACUGUUGCUGGCAAAUUACAAGAUAAUCCUGUUGUAGUUCUACAUUUGAGUAUUUUUAUACUUUUUUCUUUAACAUUUCCUCAUUUUGAUUCAAUAAUACUCUGAAUGCAAAAAUGCUCAUUUUAUGA